AUGGGCUGCAAUUUGUGCACUUUGCAAAAGAGAGAGGAACACUACAAACUACUCUAUGAAAUUGCACAGGUGAAUGGGAAGGACUUGUCCAGGGCAAGUCAUGAGGAGGCGGUGGAGGCCUUCCGCAGUGCCAAGGAACCUAUCGUGGUGCAGGUUUUACGACGGAACCCCAUACCCCGUGGUCAUGGGUCACCUCAGGAAGUCCACCUGGUGGACGUGUGUACACAGACGGACAUCACCUUCGAGCACAUUAUGGCCCUUGCGAAGCUGCGGCCGUCAACCCCGCCGGUCCCAGAUAUCUGCCCGUUCUCCCUGUCUGACAGUUGUCACUCACUCCACACCAUGGAGCAGGAGUACUAUGAGGGCACAGAAUACCUCUCCAAUAUGGGCGCAGAGGCCGAGAGAACAGAUGAGUUUGAGUAUGAGGAGGUGGAGCUGUGUCGGCUGAAUAGUCAGGAGAAACUAGGCCUCACUCUUUGCUACAGGACAGAUGACGAGGAUGACAUUGCCAUCUAUGUCAGUGAGGUGGGACCAAAUAGCAUCGCAGCCAGAGACGGACGAAUCCGAGAGGGCGAUCGCAUUUUACAGAUAAACGGACAGGACGUGCAAGACAGGGAGGAGGCUGUGGCUUUGCUUUCCAGUGAAGACUGCAGAAAUAUUGUACUGCUUGUUGCCCGACCAGAGAUGCAGUUGGAGGAGGCAUGGUUGGAUGAUGAGCACAAUGAGUUUCUUGAGGAGCUGAAGAUGGAGAUGCUGGAAGAACAAAGGAGAGAGGAGGAGGAAAUGGAGAGAGCUGCUAAACUAGAGGAGCAGGCAAGAAGAAAGGCUGAUGAUGACAUCACCAUAGACACAGCUACAUGUUCUUCCAACAACCAGAGCAGUAGCAAUGAAACGGGCCAUAAGAAUGAAAGUCUGUGCAAUGGAGGUGCAAACACAGAGCAGGACAUGCUGGCUCACAUCCAGAGGAGACUCUCUCAGUGCCUCCGUGAGAGGAGAGAGGCUGCUGGCUAUAGCCAGGACACUCAGUGUAGAAGGGGUUCAGGAUCGAGCAGGUGCCCUGUCGAAGGGCUUGAGGGAAUGGCUGAGGGUGACCGCUUCAAACAGCUGCUCGAGCUAAAGUGCCAGAUUAGGAACAGUGGAGAAUAUGACUUGUUCUACAGUCGCAGCAGCACCAUCGAGUGCAGCCUGACGGAGCAGGGUGGUGUGGAGCGUGAGCUGCGCAUGCUUAAUGAAGAACUUCGUAGCAUAGAGCUUGAGUGCCAGAACAUCAUGCAGGCCCAUCAGCUCCGCAAGCGAGACCAGCAGCAGAAAGAAUCAUCCACUUCCACCAAGGAGAAGAGCUAUCAGAGCCCUCGUCACCAGCAACACCAUAAGGGAGGUAAGCUGGCAGACAUCAAUGAGCACCCAGAGAAGUCAGACAAGGACAGCUCAAGCGCCUACAACACUGCUGAAAGCUCAAGAAGCACACCGUUAGCUAUGGACCGCUCACCUGAGCAUUCUCUGCAGAGAAUGGUCAGCUUGACCAACCAGAGGAACCUUGUUGCAGGCCGAGCAUGGUCACCCCAAACCCCAGUAAGAAGAGCCCCUAGUGGGAGCCCUGACCACAGCAACCCCUCAGAGUCAGACCAGACACCCCCGGCUGAGGAUGAGAGUUCUCCAGGGGGGCGAGGAGAAGUGGCAACAACUUCACGGGCCUCUCGGAUCCCUUACCUCUCACCGCGGCACACCUCUUCGCAACGCCACGUGGAUAUCCCGGCGCAUGCGCGUCACUACCAGAGCUACAUGCACCUCAUCCAGCAGCGCUCUGCAGUCGAGUACGCUCAGAGUCAGCUAAGCCUGCUGGGAGUUAGCAGUUCUCAACCUCAGCCCCCCAUUGAGCCUAAACUGGAAUGGAAGGUGAAAGUGCGCAGCGAUGGCACGCGAUAUAUCACUAAGCGCCCAGUAAGAGACAGGCUGUUACGGGAACGUGCGCUCAAGAUCAAGGAGGAACGCAGUGGUGGUAUGACCACUGACGAUGACGCAAUGAGUGAGAUGAAAAUGGGCCGUUACUGGAGCAAGGAGGAACGCAAACAGCAGCUGCUCCGCGCCAAAGAGCAGCGCAGACGCCGGGAGUUCAUGCAGCGUAGUCGACUGGAGAGCCUGCGGGAGUGCCCACAGAGUAGCAGCGAGGGCCGCAAAGAGGUCAGCAUUAUUGAGCUUAGCCACAGGAAGAUGAUGAAGAAACGAAACAAGAAAAUCUUGGACAACUGGAUGACCAUCCAAGAGCUGAUGACCCAUGGUGCAAAAGCACCUGAGGGAUCAAAGGUCCACAAUGCUUUUCUCUCUGUCACUACUGUAUAG